UUUUUUACACCACACAACAAUUUGAUGGCAUCACAUGACUUCACUUCCGCAACUCAUGAUGCCCCUCUCAUUGGCAACACCACAGUGUACACUCCGGGAAGGGGGACAGCAGGCCGCGGUGAAGACCCGUCAUGUCUCUGCUCAGAGUUGGAAACACACUCCUGCUGUUGCUGCUGCUGUGUGGACAAUCACUCAAUGCAUCUCGUUCCUUCAGCGUGGAUUACCAGGGUGACUGCUUUCGGAAAGAUGGGGAAGAGUUUCGUUACAUAUCAGGAAGCAUCCAUUACAGCAGGAUCCCCAGAGUCUACUGGAAAGAUCGACUGCUCAAGAUGUACAUGGCGGGACUGAAUGCCAUCCAGACAUACGUUCCCUGGAACUACCAUGAGGCUUUUCCAGGUCAGUACAGUUUUAGUGGAGACAGGGAUUUGGAAUAUUUCCUUCAGCUGGCCCAAGACAUUGGUUUACUGGUCAUCCUUCGGCCAGGACCAUACAUCUGUGCAGAGUGGGACAUGGGUGGGCUGCCUGCCUGGCUUCUCAACAAGAAAAACAUAGUGCUGCGGUCUUCAGAUCCAGAUUACAUCGCUGCAGUAGAUAAGUGGAUGGGGAAGUUGCUGCCUAUGAUAAAGCCUUAUCUGUAUCAGAACGGUGGUCCUGUCAUUACAGUACAGGUGGAGAAUGAAUAUGGCAGCUACUUCGCUUGUGACUACAACUACCUGCGUCACCUGACCAAGCUGUUCCGGUCCCACCUGGGCGAGGAGGUGGUGCUCUUCACCACAGAUGGGGCUGGGCUCGGCUAUCUUAAAUGUGGCUCGAUACAAGAUCUCUAUGCCACUGUUGACUUUGGGCCUGGUUCAAAUGUAACCGCUGCCUUUGAGGCACAGAGACACGCUGAACCUCGUGGACCUUUGGUGAACUCAGAAUUUUACACCGGCUGGCUAGACCACUGGGGAUCACCUCACUCCGUUGUGUCUCCUGCCUUAGUGGCCAAGUCCCUGAACGAGAUCCUGGCCAUUGGCGCAAACGUCAACCUGUACAUGUUCAUAGGAGGAACAAACUUCGGAUACUGGAACGGUGCCAAUUCACCAUAUGGCCCGCAGCCCACGAGCUAUGACUACGAUGCCCCUCUCACAGAAGCAGGAGACCUCACAGACAAGUACUUUGCCAUUCGAGAGGUGAUCAAAAUGUACCGUAAGAUACCAGCGGGACCAAUACCACCAACAACUCCGAAGUAUGCGUAUGGGGCUGUUGGGAUGAAAAAGCUCCAGACGAUAUCAGAUGCCUUAGAAAAACUGUCUUUCUCCGGCCCAGUCAAAAGCAUGUAUCCUCAGACUUUCAUUGAACUCAACCAGGCUUUUGGUUAUGUGCUCUAUAGGACUUCUCUGCCAGUUAACUGCACCAAACCAACUCCACUGUCAUCUGCUCUGAAUGGAGUUCAUGAUAGAGCGUAUGUGUCCGUGGAUGGGGUGGCUGUGGGGAUUCUUGAAAGGAACAAAGCCAUAACCGUAAAUGUGACUGGGAAGGCUGGCAGUCAGGUGGACAUACUGGUGGAGAACAUGGGCCGAAUCAACUAUGGAAAAGACAUCAACGACUUCAAGGGUUUGGUGUCCAAUCUGACUUUGGGGACAGACACGCUCACUGGCUGGACCAUGUAUAGUCUCAGUGUUGAUGAAGCAGUCAGCAAGGGCCUCCUCUGGAAAAAAGAACCCACACCAACAGACCCCCCUCAGCCUGCUGCUCUCUCCCUUCCAGCCUUUUACGGGGGGAGCUUCAUCAUCCCUGAUGGCAUCCCAGACCUCCCUCAGGACACCUACAUCCAACUUCCCAAAUGGAAGAAGGGCCAGGUCUGGAUUAAUGGCUUCAAUCUGGGGCGUUACUGGCCAACUCGAGGCCCGCAGGUGACGCUCUUUGUUCCUGCCAACAUCCUCAGCACAGCUGCACCCAACAACGUGACUGUCCUGGAACUGGAAGGGGCUCCCUGCAGCUCGGGGCCGUGCACUGUAGAGUUUACUAACACCCCCAUCCUGAAUGCAACAGUCCUCUCUCACUACGAUCAGCACUGGGGACUGUUUGCUAAAGAGGAUUUGUUGUGAUGAUAGGGGAACUCAUUGCUGCACAAAUUGAAUCAAUUUGCACUACUCACUGAUUAACAGUCCCAAAUUGUCGUGUGUCAUCUGACCUGGACAGAUGUUUGAUUUUUUUAAAAAGCUCUUAUAUGUGAAAGAAAUUAUGAAUAUUUGACAUCAGUGAUUGAAUGAUUGUGUCUCUAGAAAAGGUGAAGAAAUUUGUUUUUAACCAAACGCCAUAUUUUACUGUCACAUCAACUCUGGUUGUCUCUACCUCACUGAUUCUUUUCCUCCUCACAAAAGGGAUUAUUGCCAAUUAAACACAGCCAACGCAGAGAACUUUUUAUUUUUAUGUGAAAAACAUAUCAGGGAAAUACUCUCAUGUAUUAUCAUACAAAACUUAGAUGCACUGUGGGACUACUGGGAUGAAACUUAUAUUCAUUUUUAAAUGACAACCUGUGUGACUUAAUUCUUGCAAAGAAUAAAAAUCAAAAAGUAUUUUGUAAUGCA